ACUCCCACUCCUUACAGAAUAUCUGACAAUAAGCUUUCAGAAACUAUAGUCAACAAAGCGAGUUUUGCAGUCGUGAAUUGUGUAAAAACCUACGCAUUUUAUUUGAGCCUCACUUUUGAGUGGAUGCUAGGUGAUUGCUUAAACGCAGGACGCGCAGGCGGCUUUCACACAAAAAAUGGGGAUAAAAAACAUGGCAUAGCAGGACAGGAUUAGGCUAUAUUUCGAUAUUUUUUGUGCCAGGCUUCUGUUCUCAGGCUACAUAGUAAAUUUAAAGCCAUGGACUAUUAGUAGGCCUUCAGUUGAGGGUCCAAAUUGAAGGUUAUUUUCACCCUUUAUCAGGCGUAGUAUAUUAAACAACAGAUGUGUAUUGCGCGCCAUUUGCUUCAUUUGAUUGUGGUUGCUUCCGUGCGUCUUGAGCGACACCGUCAGUCCAACAAAUAAUAAUGCCCUAUUCAUUCACAAGUGUUUUGUCGGAAUAGGUGUGUUUAUUGAACCUACCCACGGUAGGUUCGUGUUAUUCAACUGGCCUAUCUGCAUAACUAGCUUAAUCUAAUUUCAGAGACCAUUGCUAUUGUCUCAAUACGUGGAAUGUUCGCCUGACCAGAACACGUGGUUUGCCAAGUAGCGUGAAGAUAUCCGGCUACUAGCUAGGUUGCAUUGAUAUGGAAUAUGCUCAAAGUCUCUCCCCGAAGGAGCUGGAUGUGGACACAAUGAGCAAGACACCCCCUAACAGAAGAGGAAUAACCUUUGAGGUGGGAGCAAUGCUGGAGGCCAGAGACGCCCUCAAAAACUGGUAUCCGGCCAACAUAGAGAAGAUUGACUAUGAUGACGAGAAGGUCCUGAUCCACUACCGUCAGUGGAGCCACCGCUAUGAUGAGUGGUUUGACUGGACCAGCCCCUACCUGAGACCUGUAGAGAGGAUCCAGCUGAGACGACAGGGACUGCUGGACGACUGUCCUAUCCCUGUAAGAGAUGGAUUUCAUGUGAAUGACAAGGUCCUCGCCAGUUGGUCUGAUUGCCGCUUCUACCCUGCCAAGGUCUUGGCAGUGAAUAAAGAUGCAUCUUACACCGUGAAGUUUUAUGAUGGCGUCGUCCAGACGGUAAAGGGGAUCCACGUGAAACCUUUUGUAAGAGAGAGAGGAGGAGGAAAGACUCGGUCCACUGAGAGGAACGGCGUGAAGAAACCCCAGAAUGGCAGAGACCGGAGGCCUCAGGAAUACGGCCCAAAAAAUAAAAGAACAAGACGCAGUACCUCUGACCAGGAGGGGGACAGUGACACAGAGGAUGGUGACAAUAAUGAUGAAGAUGAAUGGCAUGAGAGGGAGGUGGAGGAGAAGACAAAGAGGAAGGAUGGUGAGGGGGAUGUCACCAAAGAGACACCAUCCAUAGUUAAGCAGGAGGAGGAUACAGAGCAACAUGCAGGACAGAACAACCUCGGGGAUCACGUGGCAGCCACUGUGGGCCCGACUGAAGUAAAAAUGGAAGAAGACGGAGGACAGAGUGAGGAGAAGCCUACUCAUUUAAAUGAAGGGAUAAAGAAAGAAGAGGUGGAAAUGAAAACUGAGUACACAGUCCUGAGCUCACCUAAUGAAACUAAGCCAUCUACUGAGUCACCCAAUCAGAUGUCAACACAGACCGGGCCAGUGUCUGUCCCAUUACCCUCAGCUAUGUCCACCAUUGACAGAGUGGAGCAGAUGACAGAAAGCCAACCGGAUAGCGCCAAACCUGCACCACUGGCCCUCCCAGUGAAACCAAUAAGGAAGCAGGGUUUCCACAACCCCAACCGAUUUAGCAGAGAGCCAUUGUACAGAGUGAUCAAAAACCAGCCUCCCCCAGUCCUGUCCAUCAACUUGGACCACAACCCAUUUAAAUGCAGCGCUGUAGGCUGCACCAAGUCGUUCCGCAAGGCCAAACUGCUUCACUACCACAUGAAAUACUACCAUGGAGAGGAGCAGCAGCUAGAGGACGAUCUAAGCCCCACCAGGAGCGCCCAGACACGGGCCUCAGAGAAGCACCCCUCCCCUACCUUUCUGGAAAGUCCUAAGAGGAGACGCACCAUCUCCGCCUCAAUGCACUCCAAUGUGCACAGUCCUACUAGAACUCCCCCAUCUCCACGUAGUGAGGCCAAGACAAUGAACAGACGCACAUCAGCUCCACCUGCUGUCAACACCCAGCGCCAGCAGCAGAGGGCUCUACUAAGGGAGAAGAGCAAAGAGAACCAACUGGACAGAAAUGGACAGAGAUCAGUAGAGACGGAGACUACUGAGAGCAGUGUGGUGAAAGAACGAGAUCGGCUGAAGGAUAAGAAACAGAGGGAGUUCCUUCGUAUUAAUCUGAAGAAAAAGAAGAAGAAAAAGAAGGUCAAGUGUGAGUGCACAGGUAGUGAGGAGAAUAUUGACAUCUCAAUAUUCGCUCUUCAGUCCAAAUUGAAUUUGCCACUCAAAUUCCCCCUCUCACACAAUCACAAGCCUGAGUACUACCACUUCAGGCCCGGAUACAACCAGUCAGAGCAGAUGCACGUGGAUGAUGAGGAUAGCAUCAGUGAUUGGUCCACUGACAGUUGUGAGUGGAGUGAUGACGAGCUGGGGGCGGAGCUGGACAAUGCAACAACUCCCCUAAGUCUGGGCUCUGUUGCCUUGGAGACAGGCAGUCAGGAGGUUGUGCGUUGCGUCUGUGAGGCAGAAGAGGAAAACGACUUCAUGAUACAGUGUGAGGAGUGUCUGUGCUGGCAGCAUGGCACCUGCAUGGGCCUCCUGGAGGAGAACGUCCCGGACAAAUACGCCUGCUACGUCUGCAGAGACCCACCAGGUCAGAGGCAAAGCCUGCGCUACCGGUAUGACCGUGAUUGGCUGAGCAGUGGUCACAUGUAUGGUCUGUCCUUCCUGGAUGAGAACUACUCCCACCAGAAUGCCAAGAAGAUUGCAGCAACACACCAGCUACUAGGAGACGUACAGCGUGUGGUGGAGGUGCUCAAUGGCCUCCAGCUCAAAAUGAGCGUCCUACAGACCCAGACCCACCCAGACCUGCAGUUGUGGUGCCAGCCCUGGAAGAGAGCAGAGAGGCCCUGGAGGAGAGGUGGCUCGGGGACGGGCACCGACGCAGCACCCUCUCCUGCGCUAACAGACGAGGGUUCCGAGAAGGACCACAAGAGUCUCGCCCGUGGUGGCGCAGAAGCUCUGAUGUCAGCCGCCAUGGAGAAGCUUAGCCGAGCCUCCUCUUCCUCCUCCUCGUCUUCCUCCUCGCCCUAUCAGUCGUUCCAGGACUCGUACAUAAUGAGUGAGCAUUGCUACCAGAAGCCGCGGGCAUACUACCCUGCAGUGGAGCAGAGGCUGGUGGUGGAGACCACACGGAGGGGAUCUGAGCUGGAGGACAGCCUAAGAAGCACUGAGGACCUGCUGGAGAGAGAGCAGCGCUAUGGAGGCAUGCUGGAGACAGCCAGGCCCAAAGCCCCCACACAUCUGAACAUUCACACCAAGGGUUCAGAUGUUGGUCGGUGGGGCCAGGCCGAGGUGAAGCGAGAGGAGGGUGUUGGCUGCGGUGGGGGAGGGGACGUGGACGGCAGUGGCCAGCAGCACCAGUGGCAGAUCAACCUGCUGGAUCACAUAGAUGCUGUCCAGGACGAGGUCACACACAGGAUGGACUUCAUCGAGAGGGAGCUGGAUGUGUUGGAGAGCUGGCUGGACUACACAGGAGAGCUGGAGCCCCCGGAGCCCCUGGCCCGGCUGCCUCAGCUCAAACACCGCAUGAAGCUGCUGCUUACAGAGCUGGCCAAGGUGCAGCAGAUCGCUCUGUGCUGCUCCACAUGAGGGCGCAAGUGAGCAGUGUGACAUCCAUGUUCACAGCAUUCGGAGAGACAAUGAGGGGAUUUGAUUAAUGCCCCGGGCCAGCCCUGUGUGAACCAUGUCAGCAUUGUUUGCAUUCGUUUUGGAACUGGGCUGCCUCCCGGGCGUGAGCUAUGUGCCCCGUUUUGGCCGUCCACAAAGUCUGCUCCAAACUAAAGUGACGUAGGUUAAGCAUGUGGAGUAAUGAGCAGGGUUCUGUUUUCACAUGCAAAAGUGAUUGCUUUUGAGAAGGCUUUAUCUGCCUUCCCAAUGAAAACACAUUAUUCUUUUCCAUAAAAUAUGUUUCGGAAUGAUGCACCGCUGGGCACACACUGGUUGAUUCAAUGUUUCCAUGUCAUUUCAAUGAUAUGACGUUGAACCAAUGUGGAAUAGACGUUGAUUUGGCGUCUGUGCCCAGUGGGAGGCUGCCUUGUUGACAACAUGACCGAGUGGCGCAGAUCACUGUUCAAUUUGAGAAGGGCGCUCCUCCCUCACGGCUUUUACCCGUCACAGGCCAUAGCCCGGUGCACUUAAUUGAACUCCCUCAUUGCAGUUGAGAGCAGCACUAACUGGUCUAUCUAUGGCAUUGGGGGAUUGGACUGAGGAGAAUUUACCAGAUAAUUUAAUGCAAAUGCACUUAUUUUCAUUAUGCUGUAGACUGGUGGGCGCAUCUCACGGCAUGGGGUUGAAUGCUUGAGGAUGUCAGUUGGUCUUCCUCUUUAAGGCCUCAAGUCUGUACAGGGAAAACUCCACAGAAUGGAAGUGUACUGUAUCAUAGUCAAAGAUACAGAUGGUAAUGGAUGGAGUAAAUAUAAGGGGAACCAACAGGGACAGUUUAUGGUAGUAUGGGUUUGUUGGUGCAAACCUGCAUCAUAUUAAUGCCUUGGUCUGAGGUUCAGUUUGAAGCUUGCUGUCAAGUACUUACCAAAUUGUUGCGCUGCAAUGUGUAUUCAAAGACUUCACCUGAACUUCUGCUAGGCGCACUUUUAAUCUUCAUAAUGACAACUUUCAGUAACUGACUGAACUCUUUCCUUGGAGCCAUGUUCAGCAAACUGUUUUCCUUUCUGUAAAGUACUUAGUAUUUGAUUAUCUCCCAUUGCAUAAUUGUUAAGCUUAUGUUUGUUGAACAUGUGGACUGUUUUACGGAGCAUAGCCGUAAUAUUAGGGCUGGGACGAUACCAGUAUUUCAAUACUCAUUUAGUGCCGUGGCAAGGAAACAUAACACUGUGGAUUUAACUUACUUAGGAAAACAGCCAUAAUGUUAGAAACAAACAUCAUUCUGUUGUCAUCGAGUCACAUUUUAUUUAUAUUUCAAGCUAUAGCACACUAUUUUACAUGAAGCAGGUUUUUAAAGGAUCAACAAGUUUAGUCAGUUUUGUUUUCAUUUUUGCCAUGGGAAAUGUUUUGCGAUACCGGUAUUGUCACAGGCCUACUUCAUAAGAUUUUAAAUAGGGAGUGAAAAUACAAACUAUAUAUUCUUAUAUAAUGGCACUGUAGGUAGAUAAGUACUGUCUUUCUGAUUUUACGCAGUGAAUUAUAUUGCUACAGCUUAUACAGUUAGUGUCUGUUAUAGACACUGGAGGGACAGUAUCACACAUUUUGACAAGUGACAUUUCUGGAUUGAAAGAAUAUAUAUUAAUUGAAAUGUUUGGUUUCUUUCCAUUCUCAUUGUUUUCUUGUGGAUAUGCUCUAUCCUUUUCACUCGUGUCUCGAUGUCUUUGGUUGAAUUCCUGCCCGACUACAUUGCAGCUGUAUGCCAGAUCUUUGAAAGCGUGUAUAGAUAGGUAUUUAACAUUUUUAGUUAGCCACAUCAAAUGAUCUCGCAAUCAGGUGCCUGAUUCCACAGUCGAUGACUUAUAACAAAACCAUUGGUUGAUGCAAUGCAACACCUGCCCAUCUAGUUGGGUAGGAACUCGACCUUCAACUUUGCUUCACUAUAGCCUUUGACCUUUGGCUUGCUGCAAAUAAUUGUGGAGAUGUCUGCUAUGACCUCAGCAUUAUGUGCUCUGUUCUCAGUGAAAGACUUGUGACGGACCUAUACAUUUCUCUUGUAUUCUUUCACCUGUACUGUUUAUUUGCAAUAUUUUGUGUAAAUGCAUCUGAAUGUUAUUUUCUUGGGUUGAAUUUGUAUUGAUUAGUUAUUUUUAAACAGUCCUCCAAAAAUAACCUUACCUUACUCGUGUCAGCCAGGUUAAGAACCAAACGAGAUGUUGAAAGAAGUGCAACAGAUGCUGUUACAUAAAUAAACUACUAUCCCUCCCAUUGA